CGCUAUCCUCCAAAACGCCACUCAAAGCCACCGUCCGCCAGACACUCACGCGUCUACGUGUACAAUUCUAUUACCACUUUAUUUUUUAUUUUCAUAUAAAUGUUUUCAGAAAAAGACCAAACACUAAUUUAACCUCCCAAAGAAAAAAUCUCUCUUCUCCUCUUUCACCUGCCCUGAGCUUCUCCUCCUCUUUCUCUCUCUCUCUGAUCCGACUGAAAAUGGGGCCAAUUGUCUUGACUCAGCUCGCCACGGGCCUUAGCGUGCUGGCCGGAGCUGUCCUCGUCAAAUCGGUGAUGGACCAGAAGCCCAUGGCUGGCCCGUUUCAGCGUUGUCCAACUUGCAACGGCACAGGUAGAGUCACUUGCCUCUGUUCUCGCUGGUCAGAUGGAGAUGUGGGUUGUCGGACUUGUGCCGGCUCCGGUCGCAUGGCGUGUAGUAGUUGCGGUGGUUCCGGUACCGGUCGACCACUUCCGGUUCGAAUAACUGCUCAGCCGACGAACCGCCCGUCGUAACCGGUUUGUGCUUAGAGAUUUAUGUAGCUCCCGUUUCUUUCUUAUAUUUUAUGUAAUUUUUUGUUCCAAAUUACAAAAUUAAAUUCUGUAAUAUAAAAAUUGAAGAUAGUGGAAAGAAAGAGAUGGGAGAUUUUAGUAGGUUGUAACUUGUAAUGUAAUUGCCUACUGAGGUUUUUAUAAAAUCGAUAAGUUUAUAAUUUAUUUAA